GUUACUGUAGCCCUGGCAACUGUAUUAGCUCACAAACUAAUUAAAACAAAAGAAACACUUAAAACUUAAUAUCUAGAAUGCCAAGCCUGGAAAACAUAAGCGCUAUGACAGUAAAUACUCCGCCAGCGCCAUCGGUUGAAGCCGAUACCGAGCAGACUCAACCUGCUCGCGAACUUACCCAAACUGAUCAUCUAAACAAACGUCUGCUGAAGUCUCUUCUGGAAUCAAUGAAAGCUGCAACUGAAACCACGGAGCCGGCCGAAACUGAAUCAAGCAACAGUGAUUUUGAUGAUUAGGUUUUUUACUUAUUUAUAUACAUUUAAUUAUAAAGUCAAGCUUUGGGUCAUGAUACAUAUAUGUAACUAUAACUAAUAAAGACUAUUUGUUACUUUA